UGGCUGCGUGGCUGUUGGAAGCCCCCUGAGCAGCCGGCCGGCUGGGGCGUGCUGACGGCGGGCAGGGGGUGAGUGGACGAGCGAUCCGGACGGAGGAGGGGCGCAGAGGAGCUCCAGCUCUCGCGGUUCCCCGCGGCCGUACCCCCAGGACCCCCGGAUUGAGCAGUGGCUAAAGUGAACAAGAGAUGGCCAGUAAUCACAAACCCCCUUCUGCUCGCCCUAUUUCACGUGGAGGAAUUGGAUUGACAGGAAGACCUCCUUCAGGAAUACGGCCUCCAUCAGCUAGUAUUCGAGUGGCAACUGGAAUGCCACCUGGUACAUCAAGACCUGCCUCUCGAAGUGGUACCAUGGGGCCUGGAGGAGUAUUGGCUUCUCAAAUAAAAGUUGCAGAUCGUCCAGUAACACAGCAAGGUUUAAGUGGAAUGAAAACUGGAAUGAAAGGUCCCCAGAGGCAGAUUUUGGAUAAAUCUUAUUAUCUUGGGCUACUUAGAAGCAAAAUAAGUGAACUUACCACUGAAAUUAAUAAGCUUCAAAAGGAAAUAGAAAUGUACAACCAAGAGAAUUCAGUGUAUUUGUCAUAUGAAAAGAGGGCAGAGACUUUAGCUGUUGAAAUCAAAGAAUUUCAAGGACAACUAGCUGACUACAAUAUGUUAGUAGAUAAACUCAACACCAAUACAGAAAUGGAAGAAGUAAUGAAUGAUUACAACAUGCUAAAAGCUCAAAAUGAUCGAGAAACCCAGAGUAUGGAUAUAAUAUUUACAGAAAGACAAGCGAAAGAAAAACAAAUUAGGCGGGUAGAAGAGGAAAUUGAACAAGAAAAACAAGCAGCAGAUGGCAUUAUUAAAAAUAUGUCUCCUGAAAAACAAGUCAAGUAUAUAGAGAUGAAAACUACAAAUGAAAAAUUAUUACAGGAAUUAGAUACACUUCAGCAGAAAUUAGAUUCACUGAACAUGAAGAAAGAAGGUCUGGAAACUGAAAUAGCACACUCCCAGGUAAAACAGGAGGCUGUACUUCUUUAUGAAAAACUUUAUGAAUUGGAGUCUCAUCGAGAUCAAAUGAUUGCAGAAGACAAGAGCAUGGGGUCCCCAAUGGAAGAGAGAGAACGAUUACUUAAACAAGUUAAAGAAGAUAAUCAGGAAAUAGCAGGCAUGGAGAGGCAGUUAACAGACAUAAAAGAAAAAAUUAACCAAUUUAAUGAAGAAAUUCGGCAGCUUGACAUGGAUUUAGAGGAGCACCAAGGUGAAAUGAAUCAAAAAUACAAAGAGCUGAAGAAGAGAGAAGAAAACAUGGACACCUUUAUUGAGACAUUUGAAGAGGUAAAAAAUCAGGAACUAGAACGGAAAGCACACAUAGAAUCCAACAUCGUUGCACUAUUGGAGCACUGUAGCAGAAAUAUAAAUCAUAUGAAACAAAUAUCUUCAAUCACCAACCAAGAACUGAAGAUGAUGCAAGAAGACCUCAAUUUCAAAUCUACUGAAAUGCAGAAAUCACAAAGUACUGCCAGAAAUUUAACUUCAGAUAGUCAACGUCUGCAGUUGGAUUUACAGAAAAUGGAACUCCUGGAAAGUAAAAUGACAGAGGAACAAACUUCUCUAAAAGCUAAAAUUCAGCAAAUGACAAAAGAUCUGGAGACAUAUAGUGAUUUGCCAGCUUUGAAAUCAUCAGGUGAAGAAAAGAAAAAGAAACUGCACAAAGAAAGAACAGCAUUAUCAAAACGCAGAAACACAUAUAAAAAAGUAAUGGAGAAGCUAAAUUCGGAAUAUGAGACAUUAAAGACUCAAUUGCAAGAGAAUGAGACUCAUUCUCAGCUUACAAAUUUGGAGAGGAAAUGGCAACACCAUGAGCAAAAUAACUUUGUGAUGAAAGAAUUCAUUGCAACCAAGAGUCAAGAGAGUGAUUAUCGGCCAGUUAUGAAGAAUGUGACUAAACAGAUUGCUGAGUACAAUAAAACCAUUGUGGAUUCUCUCCAUAGCACCAGCCGAAACUGAAUCCAAACCUACUUCAAGGUGUCCACAAGUACCCUAAAUCCUGUACUGCUGAGCUUUGAACAAGUUCAUUUAUAGAAAAUACACUAAAAAGAGAAGAAAAUAUAGCCUGCCCAUGUACAUUUACAAACUGUUGUUGAUGAGCAGUUUGUUCAAAUGAAUCCUUGAAAGUAUCACCCUACUUCUGAAAGCAGCAUGCUAAGAGAACUUUUUUAAAUGCGUGGAUCAGUUAUCAAGGUGGUUUUCCCUAAAAGGAAAAUGUAUACUUCAUCAUGACCUAUUUUAUAUUCAGAUAUGUGUAUAACAUGAUAACAUAGUACAAUAAAUAGUUGUGAUUGUGAUU